CCUUCCUCCUCCUGCUCGGGCCUUGUUUCCUCAGCCCCACACACACUCCAGCCGGGCCCUUCCCAGACAGCAAGGGGCGCCCCUCCCCCAUCUCGCCAGCCAGCCCCCCCAAAGCCCCCUCGGCGCCCCCUCCCCGAGCCGCCAUGAACAUCUUCCGAUUCCUGGGGGACAUUUCCCACCUCCUGGCUAUUAUCAUCCUGCUGAUGAAGAUCUGGAAGACGAGGUCCUGUGCGGGGAUCUCUGGGAAGAGCCAGAUUCUCUUUGCUGUCGUGUUCACAACCCGCUACCUGGACCUGGUCACCAACUUCAUCUCCUUCUACAACACCUCCAUGAAGGUCGUGUACAUCGCCUGCUCCUACGCCACGGUGUGGCUGAUCUACAGCAAGUUCAAGGCCACAUACGACGGGAACCACGACACCUUCCGGGUGGAGUUCCUUGUGGUGCCCACGGCUGUGCUGGCCUUCCUGGUGAACCACGACUUCACCCCGCUGGAGAUCCUCUGGACGUUCUCCAUCUACCUGGAGUCGGUGGCCAUCCUGCCGCAGCUGUUCAUGGUGAGCAAGACGGGCGAGGCGGAGACCAUCACCAGCCACUAUCUCUUCGCCCUGGGCAUCUACCGCACCCUCUACCUCUUCAACUGGAUCUGGCGCUACCAGCAGGAGGGCUUUUUUGACCUGAUCGCCAUCGUGGCCGGGCUGGUGCAGACCAUCCUCUACUGCGACUUCUUCUACCUCUACAUCACAAAAGUUCUAAAGGGGAAGAAGCUGAGUUUGCCAGCAUAGUGGCAUCCUGCUCCCGCUGCCCUCCGUCAGCCCCUAGGAGGAAGCCUGUUCACAUGCAGACGACAGACACAUACCGUUUC